AUGAGCUUCGUCACCCGCCGAGCGCUCUCCACGCUCAUCCCUCCCAAGAUCGCCUCUCCUAAGGCCAUUGGCGCUGCUCCCGACGCCCUGCGCAUGCAGAGAGUCGUCAGCUUCUACGAGAAGCUCCCCCGUGGUGCCGCCCCCGAAGUCAAGGCCAAGGGUCUCCUCGGUCGCUACCAGGCCCGUUACUUCGGCAAGAACGCCUCCGUCACGCCCAUCAUCCACGUUCUGGCCUUCCUCAUUGGUAUCGGCUACCUCCAGAACUACUACUUCCAUCUCCGCCACCACAAGAACAAUGCUCACUAA